GGGGAGGGCAGAGAGUCGGAUCGGCGCCAUAUUGGAUGGCUCUCGCUGAGGGCAGUCUAUUGGUCAUCCCCUGGUCUCCAUGCACAAAAGAUUGUGUGAGGCUAUUAUAAGACACCUGGGCUUUUUUUCCCCCUCUCCUGCACCUGUUCAUCAUGGAUCAAGACUACGAAAGGCGCCUUCUCCGCCAGAUUAACAUCCAGAAUGAAAACAUGAUGCCUUCUGUUGCAGAUAUGAGGAGAACCUUGACACCUUCUAAUUCACCUGUCUCCUCCCCUAGUAAACAUGGUGACAGAUUCAUUCCUUCCCGAGCUGGAGCAAAUUGGAGCAUCAGCUUUCAUAGAAUAAAUGAAAAUGAGAAAUCUCCAAGUCAAAAUAGAAAAGCAAAAGAUGCCACUUCAGACAAUGGCAAAGAUGGCCUUGCCUACUCUGCCUUGCUAAAAAAUGAACUCCUUGGAGCUGGGAUUGAGAAAGUGCAGGAUCCACAGACUGAGGACAGGAGGCUGCAGCCCUCCACGCCUGAGAAGAAGAGCCUUUUCACGUAUUCCCUCACCACAAAACGUUCCAGUCCUGAUGAUGGCAACGAGGUCUCUCCAUACUCCCUCUCCCCUGUCAGCAACAAAAGUCAAAAGCUACUUCGAUCACCUCGAAAGCCCACGAGGAAGAUAUCCAAGAUUCCAUUUAAAGUUUUGGAUGCUCCAGAACUUCAGGAUGAUUUUUACUUGAACCUAGUCGAUUGGUCAUCCCUCAAUGUCCUUAGUGUUGGUCUUGGGACGUGUGUCUAUCUUUGGAGUGCUUGCACUAGCCAGGUGACGCGGCUGUGUGAUCUAUCUGUGGAAGGUGAUUCGGUGACUUCUGUAGGAUGGUCAGAACGGGGCAAUUUGGUGGCAGUUGGGACCCACAAAGGUUUUGUACAGAUCUGGGAUGCUGCAGCAGGAAAGAAGCUCUCAAUGUUGGAGGGUCAUACGGCCAGAGUGGGUGCUCUUGCAUGGAAUGCAGACCAGCUAUCUUCUGGCAGUCGAGACCGGAUGAUCCUCCAGCGAGACAUCCGGACUCCUCCCUUGCAGUCCGAACGGCGCCUUCAAGGCCAUAGGCAGGAAGUGUGUGGGCUGAAAUGGUCCACAGAUCACCAGCUCCUGGCAUCUGGUGGGAAUGACAACAAGCUCCUUGUCUGGAACCAUUCCAGCCUCAGCCCUGUCCAGCAGUAUACAGAGCACCUCGCAGCAGUCAAAGCUAUUGCUUGGUCCCCUCAUCAGCAUGGGCUAUUGGCUUCAGGGGGUGGGACUGCUGACCGCUGUAUACGUUUCUGGAACACCUUAACUGGACAGCCUUUGCAGUGCAUUGACACAGGGUCACAAGUGUGCAACCUUGCUUGGUCCAAGCAUGCCAACGAACUGGUGAGCACUCAUGGAUACUCACAGAACCAGAUCCUCGUCUGGAAGUACCCAUCCUUGACUCAGGUUGCAAAGCUAACUGGGCAUUCCUACAGAGUCCUUUACUUGGCAAUGUCACCAGAUGGAGAAGCCAUUGUGACUGGAGCAGGGGAUGAGACUUUGAGGUUUUGGAAUGUCUUCAGCAAAACUCGCUCUACAAAGGAGUCUGUUUCAGUUCUUAACCUCUUCACCAGGAUACGGUAAAAUCAACCCACAGACUAUAUUUUGGGGUCAAGACCACUAACCAGCGUGCAUGGAGCCAGAGGCCUGGAUUUGGGAGAAGGGGUGGGUGGGAACUGGGGGGCAAGGUGUCAAUUUGUUUAGAGGGGACUCAGAG